AUGUAUUCAGAGCAAAGCCAUACUCUGCCAGAAGCAGCCAUCCAAACAUCAGCCCCUCCUCCUCUGUUAGCCUCCAGUACCUUUGUAAACCAGCCUCCCAGUCAGUCCCUGCUGAAUAAUCUACCUGCACAGGCCAUCAACUUCACAGUACCUGCAGAGGAUGAUGAGGACUGGCCCCCUCCUCCCCCUCCUGUAACAGACAAGUUCAUUGAGGAAAGUCGGCCACUGCCCCCAGAGAAGUUAGUGUCUGAACUUACAGAGCUGCUGAGGGAUAUGAGAACAUCAUCACAAGAGCAGCCAAGGUACAUUUCACCUCAUCACCCCCCUCAAGCGCGGACACCCGAGUACUGCACUCCCUUCACUCCACCCAGAUCGACACAGUCCAACCGCAGUGAGCUGUCGUUGGUUGAAGGACAACUUGGUCAGGAGCGCCCUGCCACAGGCUGCGCAGGCGACUGGGUCCUGAUGAAGGAAACGAGACGAAAGCAUUGGCGGUCCAAGCGCUGGCUCGGCCCAUUCCUCGCCCUCCUGGUGACGGCCCGUUAA